CCUGAAGGAGCGCUUCCAGAUCACGCUCGUCAUGGCCAACGAAAAUCUGGUCAACGAGUGCAGGAAGUGGUGUCCGCGGCGUCGCCCGUUCCUGUUCAACUACAAAGAUUACAGUGAAGACUUGGUGAUCCGGAGAAAGAAGACCUUCGAGAGGAUGACAAAUGAAUGUUCCCCGACAUAUGAAACUGUGAUGAUGGGUACUUCCCUGGCCGGUCCAUCCACCUUGCAGCACACCACCAACGCCAGUGCAGCGCAGAGACAUCACAAUGAAAAACACAUGCAACACAACAAUACAAAGACAUUCAGUACAUUUCAUGUUGUUCUACUUGGACUAACUGGGACUGGGAAAAGUGCAUCUGCAAACACCAUGCUGGCUGCUGGAAAAUCAGAGGUGGAGCCAUUUCGAUCCGAGGCGAGCUCCGUGCCGGUCACCAUCAGGUGUGAGUUCAGAGACAUCUCCAAGCCAUUUGGGAUGCACGUGAGACUGAUCGACACUCCAGACUUCUUUCAUGAGGAACUCAAAAACCCUGAGGCACACUUAGCCGAGUGUAAGCAGUACUGUGUGCCGGGGCAGUGCGUGUUUUUACUCGUGAUACAGGUGGGUCGCUUCACCAAUGGAGAGCACGGAAUAUUGGAGAGGCUGGAGGAGCAGAUAGGCUGGAACAUCAGGGACAGCAUGAUCCUACUGCUCACACACGGAGACGACCUGAAAGGGAGUCACGUGGCACCGUACAUUCGCUCAAACCAUGCCCUCCAGCACAUCGUUGACAUGUGCAGUUCUCGUUUUCAUGUGUUUAACAACAAAUCCAAGGACCCCAAGCAAGUCAUAGAGCUCAUCAAGAAAAUUCCAAAUUCUGCCACUUUGUUUCCAAAGUUCACCAAGAAAUACAGCGAAGACAUGGACCCUUCGUGCUCUCUACUGUAG